GAGCGGAGCAGCCCGGUAAACCGACACCUGUCCGCCACAUUCACUAACCGUCCUCCCACUGAGUGUGUGUGUGUGUGUGUGUCCGCUGGAGGUGGCACGUCGGUCUCCGGGAAUGAAGAACAAACACAACCAACAGGUGAAGACCGCAGCUCCGACCCGACUGGACAUGUCGAGCUUCGAGGUGUCUCUGCAGCAACUCAAUGACCUGCUGACGGACGACAGCGGUUUUUACAGCUGGCCGACAAAACACUUCCACGAGGUUUACCCGCGGAUUUACGUCGGCAAUGCGUUUGUGGCAACAAACGCGAUGCGUCUGAAGCGCCUGGGCAUCACCCACAUCCUGAACGCGGCAGAGGGAAACUCCUUCAUGCACGUCAACACCAGCGCCGAGUUCUACGCAGGCACGGGCAUCGUCUACCAUGGAGUACCAGCCAGCGACACCGACCACUUCGACAUCAGCGUUUACUUCGAGGAGGCAGCGGACUUCAUUGAGAAGGCGCUGGCGUACAAAAACGGGAAAGGUAAAGUGUACGUUCAUUGCAGGGAAGGCUACAGCCGCUCGCCAACCUUGGUCAUAGCCUACCUGAUGCUUCGCCAAAACAUGGAUGUCCACACCGCUCUGGCCAUGGUGAGGCAGAAAAGAGAAAUCGGACCCAACGACAGCUUCCUCCGGCAGCUCUGUCGGCUCAACCAGCGGCUGGCUGCUGAGGGAAAGUUCUGGAACAAGUGAGGCACACAAGGAGUCAGACAGACAGACUGUAAGAGAGGACUAACAGAGGGUUAACUGCGCAUCACUUUCUGUCACUUGUUCUACAGCUCUAACAAGCCGCAGAUCUGUGAGGGAAUGUUCUGGAAGUGAGGGAAGGGGUGGAAAAUGAAAAACAUUUUCUCUUAGACUGAGGCUGACAGCACCGACUGUGUGUGUGUGUAGUACAAAAUAUUACGUCUUACACUCAAACGUCUGACACAUACGUACGGUAUUUCAAUCAUCAUCUUAAUCCAAAACACAAAACCUCUGCUGAAGACACUGGUGAUACCAUGCGCUGAUCAUACAUUGUAAAGUGUAAAUCCAGGUACACUGCAUUCACUAAGUGUGUUUACAUACUCUCACUUAUAUUUGCAGUAUUAGAUUGAUCUUGUUUCAAGUCCAAAUGAAAGUGAAUAACCAUAUUUUUUCACGUGUUGUACAGAUUGUUGUGUUUUCCUGCCGCUCACUAUUCAAGAGAACAAUAUCCAAGUAUAAAGGGAAUGUUCAGAAGAAUUUAAGCUCACUCGUGAAGGUGAAAAAUAGUAUUGUUAAUGUGACACGGUCAUCGUCUUUCCCUCCUCUCCAUCUCUCUUCCUCCCUCCCUCCCUCCUGGCUCUGCGCCCUCUGUCUUGGUCUCACUCCUGCAAACACUGCCAAGUCUCUCCGUCCCCAGUCGUUCCCAGAGGGGAUUUCAGACAGACACUGCGAUUUUUUUCCCCACAUUGAAUCAGAUUUUCAGGGUACCAAAGGAUGGUGUUAAAAUGUGUUUCUGUCCGAUAUGUUUAAUGCGUUUUAGAAAACUGUACAAUCUUUGACCCAUAUUGCACUCUUAGCUAGAAACCUGCCUCAGAAGUGUUUCUCAGUCAAAAACGUGUUAUUCUUUGUAGAAAUUCUACACUAUUUUACACUGCAAGAUGGUUGGUUGUUAAUGAUUAAAAUGAAGCUGAUUUUAUUAGAUUGGAAUAGCAAAAAAAAAAAAAAAAACAAGGGAUGAUUUGACAUUUUGGGAAAUAUGCUUAUAUGCUUAUGAUUGAGAAGAUCAAACCAAA